AUGCCGGCCGUCAGAGGAGAUGGUAUGCGGGGAUUGGCCGUAUUCAUUUCAGACAUCAGAAAUUGUAAAAGUAAAGAGGCUGAAAUAAAGAGAAUCAAUAAAGAAUUAGCCAAUAUUAGGAGCAAGUUUAAAGGUGACAAGACAUUAGACGGAUAUCAAAAAAAGAAAUAUGUUUGCAAGCUCUUAUUCAUAUUUCUACUAGGCCAUGAUAUCGAUUUUGGCCAUAUGGAGGCUGUCAACUUAUUAUCUUCCAAUAAAUAUUCUGAAAAACAAAUUGGUUAUUUGUUUAUUUCAGUAUUAGUAAAUACUAAUAGUGAUUUAAUAAAACUUAUUAAUCAAAGUAUUAAAAAUGAUCUGCAAUCUCGGAAUUCUAUCCAUGUAAAUUUAGCAAUGCAGUGUAUUGCUAAUAUCGGUAGUAGAGAUAUGGCCGAAGCAUUUGGUUAUGAUAUACCAAAGCUGUUGGUUUCAGGAGACACAAUGGACGUGGUCAAACAGUCAGCAGCAUUAUGUUUUCUACGACUUUUACGUACUAACCCUGAUGUCAUACCCAUAGAUUCAAAUGGUGCCAGUGAGUGGACAUCAAGAAUUGUUCACCUGUUAAAUGAUCAACAUUUGGGUGUAGUCACAGCUGCAGUUUCUCUUAUUGAUGCACUUGUAAAACGAAAUCCAAAAGAAUACAAAGCUUGUGUCAGUUUUGCAGUUUCAAGGCUUUCCAGGAUUGUGACUGCUAGUUAUACAGAUCUUCAAGAUUAUACUUAUUACUUCGUCCCAGCUCCAUGGUUGUCUGUUAAAUUACUUAGACUUUUACAAAAUUAUUCAACUCCGGAAGAUGCAGGUGUGAGGGUUAGAUUGAACGAAUGUUUGGAGGCUAUUUUAAACAAAGCACAAGAUGCUCCAAAAUCCAAAAAAGUGCAACAUUCCAAUGCUAAAAACGCUGUAUUAUUUGAAGCUAUUAGUUUAAUUAUUCACAACGAUAGCGAACCAAAUUUACUUGUGAGAGCUUGUAAUCAGCUGGGUCAAUUUUUAUCUAACCGAGAAACAAAUCUGAGAUAUUUAGCUUUGGAGUCCAUGUGCCUUUUAGCUAAUUCUGAAUUUUCACAUGAAGCUGUUAAAAAACAUCAAGAAGUUGUUAUAUUAUCGAUGAAAAUGGAAAAAGAUGUUUCGGUUAGACAACAAGCUGUCGAUUUACUUUAUGCUAUGUGUGACAAGUCAAAUUCUGAGGAAAUAGUUCAGGAAAUGUUGAAUUACUUAGAAACUGCUGACUAUUCAAUAAGAGAAGAAAUGGUAUUGAAGGUAGCUAUAUUGGCUGAAAAAUAUGCAACUGAUUACACGUGGUAUGUGGAUGUUAUACUAAAUUUAAUUAGGAUAGCAGGAGAUUAUGUUUCUGAAGAAGUUUGGUAUCGUGUUAUUCAAAUUGUAAUCAAUAGAGAUGAUGUACAAGGUUAUGCUGCCAAAACUGUAUUUGAGGCAUUACAAGCACCUGCUUGUCACGAGAAUAUGGUAAAAGUCGGUGGUUACAUCCUUGGAGAGUUUGGUAAUUUGAUUGCUGGUGAUACUCGAUCUGCACCAAAUGUCCAGUUUCAAUUAUUACAUUCCAAGUAUCAUUUAUGCUCACCAAUGACUCGAGCAUUAUUACUGUCAACAUAUGUAAAAUUCAUUAACUUGUUCCCUGAAGUAAAAACUACAAUCCAGGAAAUUCUUAAACAAGAUAGUAAUUUACGAAGUGCUGAUGCUGAAUUGCAACAACGAGCAUCUGAGUAUUUGCAGCUGUCAAAAAUUGUAUCGACAGAUGUUUUGGCUACAGUUUUGGAAGAGAUGCCAUCUUUCCCAGAACGUGAAUCAUCAAUAUUGGCUGUCCUAAAAAAGAAGAAACCAGGUCGAGUGCCAGAAACUGAAACAUUAGAAAACCAUAGUCCCCAACCUUCCCCAAUAAGUCAUCAAAAUAAUCAUGUUAAUAAUCACACCAAUUCCAACAGCAAUUCUGCAGAUCUGCUAGGUUUAUCAACACCAGUAACAUCUACAACUCAUACAAGUAACGCCAAUGUUUUAGUUGAUGUCUUGGGAGAUUUAUAUGGUGGCGGAGGAUCAACGGGUUCAAACUCAUUGAGUGCCAGUCAAAAUAAUUAUAAUCCAAAAAAAUUCAUAUGUAAAAACAACGGAGUACUAUUUGAAAGUGAAUUAAUUCAAGUUGGUGUGAAAUGUGAGUUUAAAAGAAAUUUGGGACGUUUAGGUUUGUUUUAUGGCAACAAAACUACAAUUCCACUGCAGAAUUUCGCUACAGUAUUAUCUAGUCCACAUCUUUGGGUCACUAAAUUAGCUAUACAAAUUAAGCCUAUUGAGCCAGUUCUGGAAGCUGGGGCUCAAAUACAACAAUUGGCAAUUAUUGAAUGUGUAGAGGAAUACGCAGACACACCUGUUAUAAAUGUUUCAUUUGUGUACAAUGGAGUACCACAAAAUGUUUCCGUGAAGCUACCAGUGACUUUAAAUAAAUUUUUUGAACCAACUGAAAUGAACAGUGAGUCUUUCUUUGCUCGGUGGAAGAAUCUUGGCAGUAAUCACGAUCCUCAAAAAUCUCAAAAAAUCUUCAAGGCAUCACAGCCAAUGGAUCAAGUAUCAACAAGGACAAAACUAUCUGGAUUUGGUAUGCAAUUACUAGAUGGCAUUGAUCCAAAUCCUGACAAUUUUGUUUGUGCUGGUAUUGUUCAUACAAAAACACAACAGAUUGGAUGUUUGCUACGUUUAGAACCCAAUAAACAAGCUCAGAUGUAUCGUUUGACGGUAAGGUCCAGCAAAGAACCUGUAUCCAUUGAAAUUUGUGAUCUUUUGGCUGACCAGUUUUGA